UAAAUUUUUGCCUCGCAUAGGAUUUGGAGUGAGUCGGAGCUUUGCUUUAUUUUAGUAACUCAGCCAGAGCAGAUCGGUCAGUAUGCAGACGGAAAGGGUUCCUGUGCAGGAGACGUGUACAUUGGGGUUUUUUAAUCUCCCUAAGAGUGUUCAAGAAACAUCCAAUAUAAUCUCCAAAGCAGACUUGGUAAAGAAGGCGAGGUUGGUGAUAUUGAAUGAAAAUAUAAAACAUGCAAAACUGAUGGAAGUUUACGAAGAGAAGUCAUUGCCGUCAACAACAAAUGAAACGGAACACCAAGACACUGAAGAAGAUAUAUACCAGGCAGAGAAUGUUCAUUUCGAUCAUCUGGCCACAGAUAAAGAAGUUGAACAGCAAUGCUUGGUAGAAGGUGGAAGCAAAGGAGAAAAUGAUGCUGUAGAAAAGCUGUUAGACAAAGAAACUAAGGGCGUGCAACUUCUAGAUACUGUAGAAGAUGGAGUUACUGAAAAUUUGUUGGAUAUGCCAGACAAAGAAAAAAGCCACUCUGAUACCAGAAAAAACAAACAUCAACAAGGCACCUUGGAAAAGGUUUUGGAUUUUGGACCAGAGGCAGAAGCUGUUGUUGAUGGAAGAAAACAGGAGAAGAACUGUGAUACACAAAUGCUGCAUUUAGGAACUGAGGGCAUCAAGGAAAUCCCAGACUUUCAAUUGGGAAUUUCUGAUUCAGACAAGAUGUUGGUCAGUCAUGGAAAGAACAUGGAACAGCAAGUCCAUGUCAAACGUGAACGUUACAAAGAGAAAACGCAUUCAGAGAACAUAGGUUGUGAAAACCUACACCGUCUGGUUACUAAAAAAGUAAAAAUACAUAAAGAGGAUGUCGUUGUAGCAGCAAAUGCAAAGAGUGAAAAGAAAAAUAAUCUAGAAAACAAGUCAUAUAAACGCAAAAAACCCCAAGCCUCAGCCAUUGAUAAAGGCUACAAAGCGCACUCGAAUUCGGAAAAACUGGCUGCACCAAAUGCAAGUCGUCAAAUGAUAACUCCAAGAAGGAUUUUUAUUCUGUUAAUUUGGUGCAACUUCCUGUUCACAAAUUCAGAAGAGUCCCCUAUAAAUCCCGUCUGGCGAGAGUACUGGGUCAAUGGCACCGAUCUGUUGGCUCAAGACCUGAGGAUUCACAACUGGAAAACUUUCUGCAGUCUGACAUUCAACAAAACCUCCCAAAUCAAGAGCUGUCCUGAUUCAUCUUUUGCUGUUUUAUGCAGCAACACUUCUCUCCGGUUCCUAGUAAGGGAACCACCAGUGACAACAUGGUACUUAGAACACGGAUCUUGUACAGAAUGUCACGGAACGACUGAAAAAUUCGUCUCUGGAGGACAAUUUAAUGAUACAGAAAUGUUACAGAAGUAUACGAGCCAACCUGCAAUCAGUUCUCCGAAGCCUCUCCAACGAAACUCCACUGAUAUCUCACCAGCUCCCGGGUCGGACACACCAGUCUCUGUACUGAUAGUACUAAGUCUAUUUUUUUUCUUGGCAGCUCCCACUACAUUCUGCAUUAUUAUAAAAUGCUUCUGUGUCAAGACCCAACCAAAAAAUAAGAAUUUUCUACGUCAUUCAACAGCACCAGAAAGAGUGAUAGUGGAUGGCAGAGAAGAAUCUCCCCUGGAUCCUGGAGAGUCCCAUGAGUUGACCAGUGAUCGCUCAGCAGAAACCUAAUUGAUCAAAUAACACUGACAUGGAGACGUUACACUAACAGUCUCUGGCAGAAGAAUGCUUAGCAUAGUGCGGUGCUUAUAAUGCUUUUUGUCUUAUUCUGUGACUUAUAAUUCUAUAUAUAAUGGUUUCUGACAGCAGAUGCCCAGUAUCUAUGGCCCCUUCCUUUAUUCCAGAGUUGAACAGAAAAGGGAAGGUGUUCCCUGCAGGACAGUCAGGACUGAGAACCCUCGCCGUGGAGGUAGAAGGGCAGUCCCCCCAUUAUAUGUCACUGCAGUGUAACUAUUUGUCAUGUGGAAUCUUGAGUAACUUGUGUGUAAAACCUUUCCCUGGUGCACAGAAGAGAGAUAAGAAGCCAAGUCCUGUGUUGCUGCCGUCUGUACCCUGGACUUCUUUGUCUGGGUCAAAACCGAUAGUGAUCACUUGUUUGAGUGAAACGUGGGGUUUUCCUGUAUUUAACAAAUA